CGAAUGCGUAGCUGUCGUUGGACUUGUACACGCACGGAUCAAAAACGGAACACAGUAUAAUACCAUUACAGCAUGACGUCGUCGGCGACGCUUUCCCCGUUACCGCGGUCCCCGACGGCGGGUCGUUCCGUCCCGUCCGUAUCGUACGAAACGUACGCCCCCCGUUCGACCGCACAAGUGGCUCGCUUGAGUCAUCUCGCAGCCUUGACGGCGGGUCCGCUGUCGGGAACGGGACCUACGGAACCUGUGGGUGCGACUCUUGCACACGCCCUAGCGCCCCCGGCGCUAAAGACCGAGUCGUGGUCGUCGCUCGGGGACGACGACGCCACGACGAUGCCACAGGCCGAGCGCGUUUCGGACCAUCUCGCGCACAGUCUUAAACACGCGACGGCCUUGCGCUACGCUCUGCGGGCGUCACUCAAUAUUGCCGAAGACUUGUCCAACCGUCACGCCGAUUUGAUCCGACACACUUCGGAAUUGUCCGCCGCCGCGGAUCGGUUGCAGGAAGAAGAGGAACUCUUGACCCGUCACGCGAUGGAAAUUGGUACGCCCUUGAAGCACUACGAUGCGGUGGAUCGUAUCGGAGUACUCGUUGGUGUCUUGUUCCGGGGAAUCUCUACGGUACACGGACUCGCUAAAAUUAAAGUGGACGACGACGAAUUCCCCGCCUUGCUCGACGAAAUCGACCAAGCCGUCGGUUACUUCGAACACGAGUCUGGAGGCCGAGGUGUAUUGCAAGCGGCGCUGCAGAGUAAGAAGCCUUUGCAGAGUGGCAACGUCGAGUACUUUCGUCGUGCCCUGGCACUCCAGGAGGCUGCCCUCUCCCUUUUGCGCGAAGCCGUCGCCGACCGUAUCGCCACUACGUGCCAGCAAAUCGUCUCCGUCCUGGACCUGGGACGGAAACCGGUCAAGGCCGACCAACUCGAAGCGUCCUUGAUCUACACACGCUUUCAUGGAAUUUCCUCGCGCUCGCACCGACUCCUGGCGUUGGUCAAAGCACGCGUACACCAACACGAAGCCUACGCGGAACUCCUUCAAACGUGUCGCCAAACGUACUGCGUACAUCGCGAGAAACUCCUCGCCAAGACCGUUCGCGCGCACAUGGAAAAAUUGCAACAGGAACACGGACCAGUCGGGAUGACGCGACUGGCGAGCGUAUUUUUGAUUCGGCUCUGUACGGUCGAGACCUCGUUGUAUUUGGAUUUCUUCGGGGCCGACACCACCAAGCCACCACCCCACGACAAGGCCGCUACCCAGAAAAAGACCCUGGCGGACGACACCACCUACCAGGACGCAGCAUUCCAAUCCUACUUGACUUCCUUGUGUUCCGCCUUGCACCGGACAAUUCGUCGCGGACUCGUCACCAUGCUGGAUUUGGACACUCUCUGUCAGAUCGUUUCCGUCCUGCGCGAAGAGCGCUCCAUGGCCACCUCGUCACCUACCACACUGGCAGCCGCCCGCGCCAUUUCCAGCGUCAUUCAAGACGCCCAGGAACGUGUCAUUUUCUGCGCCAAUACCACGCUCACCAAACACGUGGCCCGCUUCAAGGCCACUCCGAAGGACCUGGAUUAUCCAGACAAACUCCAGAAAAGUACCCCAUUACCGGAAAGCGACAGCACGGUGUACGAUGAGAAUGCGGCGGAACGGCACUUGGAACAGGUAUACGAAUCCUGGUUUCCACCCAUGCGGGUCGUCUUGCGCGUUUUGUCCAAAAUAUUCCGUGUCGUCGAACCGGCCGUGUUCGAAGACAUGGCCUUGACGGCGGUGCAAGCGUGUACCCGGAGUCUCAAAGAUGGUGCGACCUAUAUUCGGGCCCGCAAGGGGACCUUGCACGGAGAUUUGUUUCUCGUCAAGCAUCUCUUGAUUUUGCGGGAGCAGCUCUCUCCCUUUGAUAUGGAGUUGCGCUCGGUGGAACGGCAAUUGGACUUUUCCGAUGCCGGUAAGGCGGUGGCGCGCUUCUUAGCCAAUCGCAACCGGCGACUUUUUUCCAUGAGCACCGAGAAUGCGCUCGUCACGUUAUUACGCGAGGGCGUGUCGAUCCAAGAGUCGAGCGUGGAUUCCAAGCGAGAUUUGGAAGACGCCUUGCGUUCAGCUUGUAACGAUUUCAUUGCGCACGCGGCCCAGACCAUGGCCGCAGACUUGUUGCAGUUGUUGGAAACCUUUCAGACCAGUGAAAACGUUUCCAUGACGGUGCAAUCGUAUUUGCAGGCAGACGCCACAUGCGAUCUGUUGGAGCGGACCGUCAGUGGCAUCGAAUCCAGCCCGGUCCGGGACGAUUUGGCUCUAUAUCUUGACAAUGUCGCCACGCAGAGUAUUCUUCUCAAACCUGUCAGCCGGAAGAUUACCCGAGCAACGGAAGAUCUACGCAAGCUGGUUGCCAAACAUUGCCAAGAAGGGAUUAACGGUUGGACACUAGACGGACUUGACAAGGUCUCCGAACUACUGGAUAAAGUCGAAGCCACCACCAAGCAGAUUGGGAAACAUGCUCCAAAGUAG